AUGCUAAUGAUCCUCCUUCUCCUCCCACUCCUAGGCCACAGGCACAACUCUCCCCCUGGCUUGGCUGCUACAAGUGUUGCAUGUACUGAUAACCUUCUUAUUGGUGGUUGUAGACAAGCGGCAUGUGGAAGCAAAGGUCACAGAUAUGACCUUGAAAGGAGAGGAACAAGAGAGUCCCGAGCCAUUCCAGCUCCCGAUGCCAAUGCCGAAUUAGUCUUGUCAAUGAAGAAACGACAAGGUCAGUCCAAUUCCAAGAGCCGGAGUGAGCUGUUCAACCCUCAUGCAGAAGAAGUUGCUUCUGGCUUUCCGAUUGACCCACCCAGACCAUCCCAAGCUGUUGAAGAAGCAAUCGAUGAUCCCCAGAGGCAUCUUCAUAAGAGAGCUUCCCAUUCUGGGCCGUUGGUUAAACGGGCUGCCUGGGUAAAGUCUGGAAAGAACGUGGAAGAUGCUCCAAAGAUGUCAAAUGGGGCCGACUUAUCGACAAUGUCUGGUUUAGUGGCUGCAAGGAGGGCUUUGUUGUCUGAAGAUUGCAGGGAGAAGGCUGGUCCUGCGGAACAGGAUGUUCCAAAACUAAUUGGCAGGUUUCCGGGAUCUUUCAAGGACGUAUCCAAUUCUAUGGUAAAGCAUGAUCCAAAGAAUCACGCGGCUGUUGGAUCUCAUCAAAAUGAGGAAGGAAGAACCAGCAACAAAGAUUCAAUUCUUCUUGGGUACGGAUCAAAGGGAAACAAACUUCACUACUCUGGUCCACUGCUAGUUCCAUCGGGCAAAGUGGAUCAAAUGCUGAAAGAGCAUGAUCGUCAAAUCCAAGAAGCUGCAAGACGAGCACGCCUGGACAAGGCAAAAGUGAGAACAGUACAGGUCGAGGGAAACCAGUUGUCAACCAAUUCAUUAUUUGUUUCUGGUCGUUGA